ACUUUUGUGCCAUCUCUUUCCACGAACACAUCAACUCGCAGCACAUACCGAAGACAGCCCCGAUGGCACACAAGUAGCCCCAACAGCCACAGCCAGAGCCAUGCAGCCCCCCGCCAGCCCAGCGCGAUCCCCCUUCCCGACACACCUUUCCGACGUGGCCAUCUGGGGUUCCUCCAACGACCGUGGCCCGUCCACAGACUCGUCAGAACUCGCUCGCACCGACUCUUUCGUCAGACGGCGCCAUACACCUCUCGGAUCAGGGACCAGCUUGGGAGAAGCUGCAGGCAGAUCAACUCCAUCGUUGCUCAGCGACAGCGCCACCGUCCCGGGGCCGAGCCGUCGUCGUCCUUCACGAACUCUGUCCUCCACACCGUCUAACGAGCACCCGUUGUCCUAUGCAUCUUCACCACCACAUCACCCACAGACACUAGCCGAUACUCGCCCAGCGUUGCAGCGAGCAACAUCUGCGACAGAGCGGCAGGUUGCGGAGAGCAGCAGAAGCGGGAGCGAGUGGGGGAGUACCAGGGGCAGCUUGGAUGUGUUGAGGAUGAGCAGUAUGGAUGAGAGUAGCGGUGAAGUCGAGGUAUUGAUACAUACUGUCAAGCCACACGAGUCGCUCGCUGGUAUAGCCCUUCUCUACGGCGUCGAUCUGGCGACGCUUCGCAAAGUAAAUAAACUCUGGGCCUCUGACCCGAUCCACAUCCGAACACACCUCUACGUCCCACUAGACGCUUGCAGAUGGAACAAGGCGAGCGAAACAUUGGUCAGAGGACCCGGCGAAGGACAGGUCACUCUCAUGCCAAAGAAUGUUAGAGACAAGGGCAAGGGCAAAGAGACGGACGAGUUUCUUGCAGCAGGUGGUGGUGAACAAAGAGACGACUUAUGGUUCUCUCAGGGUGUCAAUGGAGACAGUCCUCACUCGUUUCUGCCAUGUACCAAUAUCGCAUAUGACCACCCUACUCUGCCGACCAUCCCACCACCAAUACCACAUCCCAACGACCCCACACUUGAUCCUCCUAUCAACUCCACCCCGGAACCGACACCUCGGGUACUCGAUGUCGUCCGUAUACCCUCUUCUCAACUCCGUUUCUUCCCUCGCGCCAGACCUUCUGAACCUUCAUCCCGUGCUUCAACCGAACAAGACCGUCCUUCACCCCCAGGCGGGAACACGCACCCAGACGAUAAUGAUGAGGAUGGCAAUGAUCUCUCAAACGCUCUACGUCGAGCAUCCAUCACGCUCAACGCCAAUCGAUCCGACGGGAACGGACCGUCCAUUGUACCCAAUCUGUUUACCCUCCCCGAACCACUUCGCCCCCCACCUUCCAACUUUUCCUUACCGCCUGCUAAACCAUCACACACUCGCAGUAAAUCUACCACUGUCGUACGUCUACGACCCCCUCAACCUGCUCCAAUCCAAACUGGGAAUAACAGCAGUCUCGCAAACAGACUUUCAUCAUUCUUCACCGUCCCUCCGCCGCCUACUAAUAUGUCUCCCAUCUCAGGCCCUUCAAGUGCUGGGGCUGGCGUUGGCGUUGGCGUCGGCGCUGGUUCUGCUUCUGGACGUUUACCACAAGGUAAAUCGAGGAGGUCGUUGGAAUCGACAGGAUCACAUAGGACAGCAACUCCGAAAAGCGCGACGUCGGUUACAAGAAGAGGUUCGGGUAUCGACCCGGGCACGUCCACGGGCAAGGCCGGCCGCGAACAGAGGGAGGAGAUGGAGCUUGUCACGAGGGUGAGGGAAGGCGUAGGUUCAGGGAUGGGGAUGGGGAGUCUAGGGGAAAGGGUAGGGAAUGGGUUCGGAGCUAGAAAAUAUGUUGUCAAAGGGAAGAAGAGUCAGAAGAAUGAUUGAAGAAAAGGGGUUGCCUUUGUUUUAAUUUUAUUAUUUGGAGUUACUUUUCGGGUGUAUUUCUAGCUUGCAGUUUCAUCUUGUUGAUAAAAAAAAGACUUUCCAGUUUCUUUCACCAUUUGUAGAAAUCAAUUAUAAAAGUAAAUUAGGCAUUUCUGGGUUUAAACGCUCUUAUCGCACAACAUGCAUG